UCAUGUCAUUUUUUCUUGUCUUUUUUUUUGGUUUUUGGCCAAGUCCAAGUUUAACAGCGCUCGACGCGCCAGAAUCAAGUUCAGUUGCGCCGCAAACGCGUCGCGGAAAUGUUUCGCUGCUGGCCACCGUCCCAAAGAAAUCGAAAUUGAAAUCCAUAAAACGACCGCGCCGCCGUCCUGCAUCCAAAAUUCCCUUAAAUAAAAUCCAUCAUCUUUGCCAACCGUUAAAAAACUAGUAAAAAGCAAUAGACCAAAACUAAACAACUUUCCGCGUAAUAUUUCUACUUAUUUUCCCCUACCGUUCUCAGUUGGCGCCAUGAGGGAACCCUUUCCCGUGGUGGUGCUGCUGCUCCUUUGGCUCGGCUCGGCGGUGCCACCCACUUCUGGAUCGGCGGUACUCAUCUCCGACAUGACCAUGAGCGUUAUGGUGGAGCUAUCGUCCCGACAUCCCUUCUGCAAGAUGCACACAGAUCGCGGCGAUAUCCAGCGCAUGUUGCUGCAGUCGGAUCCGCGUCGCAUCCGCCAGGUGCCGCGGGAGUCGGUGAUGGAGCUGGAAGAGGUGUGUCGCCGCCAGGGAUCCUACGGCCACGAGUUCCGCGGCGGACUGGGCUUCAUCUAUCCGGGAACGAAGUGGUGUGGUCCGGGCACGGCGGCCACCAGCUACGACGACCUGGGGGCGCACUCUCGCGAGGAUCGCUGCUGCCGGGAGCACGACAUGUGCCCGGAUGUCCUCAAUGUGGGCGAGUGCAGGCGGGGAUUGUGCAACCGGGGCACCUUCACGAGGAGCCACUGCGAUUGCGAUGCCCGCUUCCGGCGAUGUUUGCAGGCAGCGAAUACGGAGACGGCCAACACUCUGGGCGCCAUUUUCUACAACGUGGUCCAGGUGACGUGCUUCCAGGAGCGGAGUCCCUGCUCGGCGCACCAGAGGUUCGAGGACUUCUACUACCGCACCGACCACUGUCCGGCGGAGUUCCGGCAGGCGGACCUCUACGUGCCCCCGCACGGGGACAACCUGAUAGCCAAGAUCCUGGCCCAUCCGCAGGGCCGGGCCCUGGCCGCUCCCCCCUUCAGUCCCGCCAAGUCCACCGCCCGUCGCUGGGGCGUCAAGCUGGCCAGCGUGGGCCUGGCGGCGGUCAACAUCCUGCGGGAGGUGGUGCAGCGUCCCCGGCUCCUGUGGGACAGCCUGCAGGCCCCCGUCAGCCGGGAGCUGCCCUCGUCCAGAUACCAGGAGGGCUACCACUACGAGCGGCCCGGGCCCCCGUCCUACGGAUACGGCUAUAAUGGUCGCGGCUACGGGGGCUUCGACUCCCCCUGGAGCUGA